UCUUACACUUUUUCCGGCGAGUUUUCUACCGAGAAAGCCGUGGAGAUUGAAGAAAGAGCUGCUCUUGGACGAAGAUUAGGUCUAUUCGAUCGUGAGAAGGUGCGAUGAGAGGUGUAAAUAACAGUAUUGAAACUGUAAAUGCUGCCGCCAGUGCGAUCGCCGCUGCCGAGAGUCGAGUUCAGCAGACCACGGUUCAGAAGAGAAGGUGGAGCAGCUGCUGGAGUCUGUACUGGUGUUUUGGAUCUCAUAGACAUGAGAAGCGAAUUAGCCAUGCUGUUCUUGUUCCUGAACCGACGGUACCAGGGUCUGCUGCUCCUGCCACAGAGAAUCCAAUGAACCCACCCUCCAGGGUAUUACCUUUUGUUGCUCCUCCAUCAUCUCCUGCUUCUUUUCUUCAAUCAGAACCUCCUUCUGUUACCCAGUCACCAAGUGGUUUACUAUCUCUCACUGCCCUUUCAGCCAACGUUUACUCUCCAGGGCCCGCCUCUAUUUUUGCCAUUGGGCCUUAUGCACACGAGACUCAGUUAGUAUCACCCCCAGUCUUCUCAACCUUCACCACUGAACCAUCCACUGCUCCUUUGACUCCUCCUGAACCUGUUCAGCUUACUACACCUUCAUCACCAGAGGUGCCAUUUGCUCAGCUGCUAAUUUCAUCGUUAGAUCCCAAUCACAGAAAAAGCGGGAUGUGCCAAAAAUUCACUAUUUCCAACUAUGAAUUCCAAUCGUAUCAGCUGUAUCCUGGAAGCCCAGCUGGGCAACUUAUCUCACCUAGCUCGGUGAUCUCAGGUUCUGGAACCUCAUCUCCAUACCCUGACCGGGAGUUCAUAGCUGGAGGACAUCCUUUUCUUCAUUUUGGCGCAGGGGAGCCCCCCAAGAUGAUGAGCAUCGAUAGACUUUCUAGCCGCUACUGGAGGCCGGGACGAGGCUCUGGCUCUUUGACACCGGAUGCUGCUGGACCAACCUCUCAAGACAGUUUCGUUCUGGAGAGUCAGGUGUCAGAGGUUGCAUCUCUUGCAAACUCAGAAAAUGGAUCCCAAAAUGAUGAUGCUGUGAUUGUGAUUAAUCACAGAGUUUCAUUUGAGUUAACUGCUGAAGAUGUUGAGGUUGUGGAGGUUGCAAGCUGUGUGGAAAAGGUGCCUGCAACAUUAAUUGAAUCUGCGACAGAAACUCUAUCAGAUACAGCAACAGAAACGUCCACUACUCAAAGGGAUGGCAUUUUAAGUGGAGGGAAUGCUUUUGAUUGUCGUGUGGGUGAAACAUUGAAUGACAUACCUGAGAGAGCUUCAGGGGAUGGAGAAGAGGAGCAGCAGGAGAAGCAGAAGCACCCUUCUCUAAGGCAAGGGUCUGGGAAAGAAUUCAAGUUUGACAAUGCUGAUGGAGGGGCGUCUGAUAAGCCCACAAUUGGAUCAGACUGGUGGGCCAAUGAGAAAGUCGUGGGCAAGGAGUCAGGGUCCUGUACAAAGUGGGCCUUUUUCCCUCUGAUGCAACCAGGAGUCAGCUAAUCUAUAUAUAUACAUGUUGAGUCAUCAAUUCCAACACUUGUGGCAUAGGAAAGAAGUUUGACAGCAUGGCCAAAAAGGAUUGAAUGCUGUGUCAUCAACUCCGAAGAAACUCGAAGUCAAAGAUUAUAUGCACUGAGCAAUAGCAAUUGUGAGAACCUCACCAGAAGAAGGUGAAGGGGAGGAACUUGGUGUACUGAUAACUGAUUAUAUGUACCAUUUUGCUUGAAGUUCUGAAAUUGAUGAGAUGUUUUUGGGCACCCCACUGGAAGAACAUACAGAACCGUGAAAUUCUAAGGAUAUGCAGCAUGGAAAUAACAUAUAAAGUUUAUUUUC